AUGGCGGCAGCGCGGUGCCUGCGGGGCGCCCGGCGCCUCCUGCCCGCGGGGGCACGGCACGAGUGCUUCGAGCUGGCCCGGCUGGCGGGGCCCGUGUUCUUUGCCCAGCUGCUGGGGUUCCUGAUCAGUGUGGUCAGCUCCAUCUUCUGUGGCCACCUGGGGAAAGCUGAGCUGGAUGCUGUGACCCUGGCUGUGUCCGUUAUCAACGUGACAGGGAUCUCCAUCGGUUCUGGCUUAGCCUCAGCAUGUGACACACUGAUGACCCAGACAUAUGGCAGCAAGAACCUGAAGCAGGUGGGCACCAUCCUGCAGCGGGGCAUCCUCAUCCUGCUGCUGUUCUGCUUCCCUUGCUGGGCUCUCUUCAUCAACACUGAGAGGAUCCUCCUGCUCAUCCGACAGGACCCUGAGGUCUCCAGGUUAACUCAGCUCUACGUGAUGAUCUUUAUUCCAGCACUUCCUGCGGCGUUUCUGUUCCAGCUGCUGACAAGAUAUUUACUGAGUCAGGAAAUCAUUAUGCCUCAGGUGGUGACAGGGAUUGCAGCCAACAUCCUCAAUGCGGCCAUGAACGCCUUCCUCCUCUAUGCUUUGAAGCUGGGCAUGGUGGGCUCUGCCUGGGCUAACAUGGUUUCUCAGUACACCCAGGUCAUCCUCCUCAUCCUCUACAUGUGGUGGAAGAAGAUCCAUGUGAAGACCUGGGGAGGCUGGAGCAGGGAGUGCCUCGUGGACUGGGGCUCCUUCAUCUGGCUGGCAGUGCCUGGCAUGGUCAUGCUGUGUAUUGAGUGGUGGACCUUUGAGAUUGGGAGCUUCUUGGCUGGGCUGAUCAGUGUGGUGGAGCUGGGUGCACAAUCUGUCAUCUACGAGCUUGCCUGUGUUGCAUACAUGGUGCCUCUGGGCAUCAGCGUGGCUGCGAGUGUCAGAGUGGGGAAUGCCUUGGGAGCAGGGAAUGUGGAGCAAGCCAAGACCUCCUGCAUCACUGCACUGCUGUGCACAGGAGUUUUUGCUGUGGUGGUUGCAGCAUUACUGGGGAGCCUAAGGGACGUGGUGGGAUACAUCUUCACCAGUGACACGGAGAUUGUCAGCUUGGUGUCCAAAGUGAUGCUCAUCUUCGGUCCAUUCCAUUUGCUGGAUGCAACAGCAGCAACGUGUGGCGGGGUGCUGCGGGGCACGGGCAGGCAGAAGCUGGGUGCCAUCGCCAACGCCGUCGGAUAUUACACCAUCGGCUUCCCCAUCGGCAUCUCCCUGAUGUUUGCAGCCAAGAUGGGGGUGUUAGGUCUGUGGGUUGGAAUGAUCGUUUGCAUCUCCGUGCAAGCCUUUUCCUUCUUGGCUUUUGUCAUCCGAAUGGAUUGGAGAAAAGCUGCAGAGGAGGCUCAAGUCCGAGCUGGAAUGAAAGAACAAGUGGAAGAUGUGAACUCCAAUGGCACAGCUGCUAACAAAACAUCUGCUGUGGGUUACACCUCCCUUGACACCAACACUGGGGACACCGCGGUCCUGCCCGAGAGCAUCGUGAUGGAUGAGAGGGAGCCUGACCACGAGCUCAGCACACAGGAGGAGCCUGUUGUUGUCCCUGUUCUUCCCCCUGUGCCAUGGAGGGCCGUGAUCCUCCGCCGUGUGCUGGCUGCUGCUGCUGCCAUCGCUGUCCUGCUGGUGGGAAUCCUGGUUCGGCUCCUGACUGGCAAUGGCUAA